AUGACCACCACUUCUGCUAAAAAAAAAGAUAUUCUUGAUGUUGGAAUGGACAAAUAUGAUUUACGUACAGGUUGUUUAGCUAGUACUGGUGCUAAUCCCUGUGUUAUCUUUCUGGUAUUAUUUAUGAACAACGAAGAAAUUUUUAUCGAACAUCGAUUUUCAAUGCCAGAUAAUGUGAAUAAAGAUAAUAUGAAAAAAUGUUUAUCAUAUGUAGCAUCACAUAUAGAUGAUUUAGUUCAAGCAAAAACAAAUAUAUCGUUAAUAGUUUUAAUAGUUUUUAUUUAA